GGCCCCGGCCGCCCGGCCGCCCGUAGCUUCAGCCAUGGGCUCGGGACGCGUGCCCGGGCUCUGCCUGCUAGUCCUGCUGGUCCACGCCCGCGCCGCCCAGCACAGCAAAGCCGUGCAAGAUGUGGACGAGUGUGUGGAGGGGACUGACAACUGCCACAUCGAUGCGAUCUGCCAGAACACCCCACGGUCGUACAAGUGCAUCUGCAAGUCUGGCUACACAGGGGAUGGUAAACACUGCAAAGAUGUGGAUGAGUGUGAACGGGAGGAUAAUGCAGGCUGUGUGCACGAUUGUGUCAACAUCCCUGGCAAUUACCGAUGCACCUGCUAUGACGGAUUCCACCUGGCGCAUGACGGACACAACUGUCUGGAUGUGGACGAGUGUGCCGAGGGCAACGGUGGCUGUCAGCAGAGCUGUGUCAACAUGAUGGGCAGUUAUGAGUGCCACUGCCGGGAGGGCUUCUUCCUCAGCGACAACCAGCACACCUGCAUCCAGCGGCCGGAAGAAGGAAUGAAUUGCAUGAACAAGAACCAUGGCUGUGCUCACAUUUGCCGGGAGACACCCAAAGGGGGUAUUGCCUGCGAAUGCCGCCCUGGCUUCGAGCUCACCAAGAACCAACGGGACUGUAAAUUGACGUGCAACUAUGGUAAUGGUGGCUGCCAGCACACGUGCGAUGACACAGAGCAGGGUCCCCGGUGCGGCUGCCAUGUCAAGUUUGUGCUCCAUACCGACGGGAAGACGUGCAUCGGGGAAAGGCGGCUAGAGCAGCACAUCCCCCCUCAGGCCGUUUCUAAUGAGACCUGUGCUGUCAACAACGGGGGCUGCGACAGUAAGUGCCACGAUGCAGCGACGGGCGUCCACUGCAGCUGCCCUGUGGGCUUCAUGCUGCAGCCGGACAGGAAGACCUGCAAAGACAUAGAUGAGUGCCGCUUGAACAACGGGGGCUGUGACCACAUUUGCCGCAACACAGUGGGCAGCUUCGAAUGCAGCUGCAAGAAGGGCUAUAAGCUUCUCAUCAAUGAGAGGAACUGCCAGGAUAUAGACGAGUGUUCCUUUGAUCGAACCUGUGACCACAUAUGUGUCAACACGCCGGGGAGCUUCCAGUGCCUCUGCCAUCACGGCUACCUGCUGUAUGGUGUCACCCACUGUGGGGAUGUGGAUGAGUGCAGUAUCAACCGGGGAGGUUGCCGCUUUGGCUGCAUCAACACUCCUGGCAGCUACCAGUGUACCUGCCCAGCAGGCCAGGGCCGGCUGCACUGGAACGGGAAGGAUUGCACAGAGCCAGUAAAGUGUCAUAGUAGUCCUGGUGCCUCGAAAGCCAUGAUCAGCUGCAGUCGGUCUGGGAAGAAGGACACCUGUGCCCUGACCUGCCCCUCCCGCGCCCGGUUUUUGCCAGAGUCUGAGAAUGGCUUCACCGUGAGCUGUGGCAUCCCCAGCCCCAGGGCUGCUCCAGCCCGAGCUGGCCACACUGGGAACAGCACAAACUCCAACCACUGCCAUGAGGCUGCAGUGCUGACGGUUAAACAGCGGGCUUCCUUCAAGAUCAAAGAUGCCAAAUGCCGUUUGCACCUGAGAAACAAAGGCAAAACGGAGGAGGCCAGCAGAAUCCUGGGGCCAGGUGGUGCCCCCUGCUCUGACUGCCAGGUCACCUUCAUCCACCUCAAGUGUGACUCCUCUCGGAAGGGCAAGGGCCGGCGGGCCCGGACCCCUCCAGGCAAGGAAGUCACUCGGCUCACCCUGGAACUGGAGGCAGAAGUCAGAGCCGAAGAAACCACAGCUGGCUGUGGGCUGCCCUGCCUACGACAGCGGAUGGAACGGCGGCUGAAAGGGUCCCUGAAGGUGCUUAGAAAGUCCAUCAACCAGCACCGCUUCCUACUGCGCCUGGCAGGCCUUGAUUAUGAGCUGGCCCACAAACCAGGCCCAGUAGCUGGGGAGCGAGCGGAACCAGUGGAGGCCUGUAGGCCCGGGCAGCACCGCUCUGGGGCCAAGUGUGUCAGCUGCCCGCAGGGAACGUAUUACCACGGCCAGACGGAGCAGUGUGUGCCAUGCCCGGCGGGCACCUUCCAGGAGAGAGAAGGGCAGCUCUCCUGCGACCUUUGCCCUGGGAGUGAUGCCCACGGGCCUCUCGGAGCCACCAACAUCACCACAUGUGCAGGUCAGUGCUUACCUGGCCAACACUCCGUAGAUGGCUUCAAGCCCUGCCAGCCAUGUCCACGUGGCACUUACCAACCUGAAGCGGGACGGACCCUGUGUUUCCCGUGCGGUGGGAGCCUCACCACCAAGCACGAGGGAGCCGCCUCCUUCCAAGACUGUGACACUAAAGUCCAGUGCUCCCCUGGGCACUACUACAACACCAGCAUCCAUCGCUGUAUCCGCUGUGCCAUGGGCUCCUAUCAGCCCGACUUCCGUCAGAACUUCUGCACCCGCUGUCCAGGAAACACAAGCACUGACUUUGACGGCUCCACCAGUGUGGCCCAGUGCAAGAAUCGCCAGUGCGGUGGGGAGCUGGGUGAGUUCACUGGCUAUAUCGAGUCUCCCAACUACCCAGGCAACUACCCAGCCGGCGUGGAGUGCGUCUGGAACAUCAACCCCCCACCCAAGCGCAAGAUUCUUAUCGUGGUACCCGAGAUCUUCCUGCCAUCUGAGGACGAGUGUGGGGACGUCCUCGUCAUGAGAAAGAACUCCUCCCCAUCCUCCAUUACCACCUAUGAGACCUGCCAGACCUACGAGCGCCCCAUCGCCUUCACAGCCCGCUCCAGGAAGCUCUGGAUCAACUUCAAGACAAGUGAGGCCAACAGUGCCCGUGGCUUCCAGAUUCCCUAUGUUACCUAUGAUGAGGACUAUGAACAGCUGGUAGAAGACAUUGUGCGAGAUGGCCGGCUCUAUGCCUCUGAAAACCACCAGGAGAUUUUAAAGGACAAGAAGCUCAUUAAGGCCUUCUUCGAGGUGCUGGCCCACCCCCAGAACUACUUCAAGUACACAGAGAAGCACAAGGAGAUGCUGCCCAAAUCCUUCAUCAAGCUGCUCCGCUCCAAAGUUUCUAGCUUCCUGAGGCCCUACAAAUAGUGCCGCUAGGCCCAAGACCCAGGUUUUGAAGCCCCCAGACUCUUUAGCCCUCAGAGCCGGCAGCCCCCACCCUCGAAUGAGGGACUCUCUCCGAUCUCUCUUUUUGGAGAAAAAAGAAAUCUCCAUAUAGACCAAGCACUCUCCCUUUCUGUUCCUUCUAGCUUCCUUUCCUUGUCUCUUUCUGCCUCGCUCUUUCUCUUUACUCAUUUCCUAUAUGCUCCCUGGAAAAGCCAUUCAGUGCUGGCUCUGUUCUCCCGAGGGGUGAAGGAACAGUAUCCCGCUCCCCUCCCCAGCCACAGCCCAUUUUACCAGCUCACAUCCCUGACCUUAUCAGCUUGGAAGGGUGCUAGAGGCCCACGAAGGAAGUGGGUCUAGUGGGGAAUGGGGAGGGGGAAGAGGGGCUUCUGCCAUUAUAGGUUGUGCCUUGCUAGACAGGAGCCAAAAUGUCCCCUGGCUGUGCUCCCCAGGAAUAUUCUAACAGCCCAGGGUUCUGCCAAAGAAGCCUUUGAUUUACAGGCUUAAAUCAAGCACUCGUCCUCUGGGACACGUGGUUUGAGCCCUGGAAUGCCCAGCCAGCUUUCCUGUCUACAUAGCUCCUCUCCUUCUUCGCUCACAUCUGCCUGGGGUCCAAUUCAUGAGGGCUUACAAAAGGCCCAGAGCACUGGCUAGCGGACACCAGCUGAAUGAGGAAGAUCAGCAGGAACUACCAUGUUGACUAGGCCGCUGCUGCUCCCCAAGAGAAAGACUUUAUCUCUGCAGGACAGAAACCAGGUUUUAAAGCAUCG